ACAUGGUUGUUUAAUAACAAAAAUAAAAAAUGUGUAUAAAUAACAAUUAAAAUAGUCAUUGCAAAAAAUACAUCAUUAAAUAAAAAAAAAAAUAUUAUAAUAAACAAUGUAUUUUAGAGUGAAUUGUCUUAGAAAAUCUAUUAAAUUAUGUAGAAAUUAUUCUUAUCAAUUAAAUCAAGAAAGAAUUACCGAUUUUCCCAAUAGCCAUGUAACAAAAGGAGUUGCUGAACAUUGGAACAAUGUUUGGAAUAAAAAAAAUGAUUUUUAUGGUCCUGAAAAUUCAUCAUUUAAAAUGAUAUUACCACCACCAAAUGUAACUGGUGCAUUACAUUUAGGACAUGGUUAUACUGUUACAAUUCAAGAUGUAUUAGCAAGAUGGAAUAGAAUGAAUGGUAAUACAGUAACAUGGAUACCAGGUAUUGAUCAUGGUGGUAUUGCAACACAAGUUGUUGUUGAAAAAUAUUUAUUAGCAACAAAAGGAUUAAAAAAAAAUGAUAUAUCAAAAGAAGAAUUUUCAAAUGAACUUGAAAAAUGGAAAUGUCAAAAAGAAAAUAUAAUAAAUCAACAAUUAAAAUAUCUUGGAGCUAGUCUUGAUUGGUCUAAAGAAUAUUACACAAUGAGUAAAGAACAUAAUAAUGCUGUUAAUGAGGCAUUUUUAAUAUUACAUAAUCGUGGAUUAUUAUAUAGAAAAAAUGAUUUAGUAAAUUGGUCACCAGCUUUACAAAGUACAAUUUCAGAUAUUGAAGUUGAUACAAUUGACAUUAAUAAAAAAACAUAUUUAUCAUUACCUGGUUAUAAUAAAAAAAUAACAUUUGGUGAAAUAUAUGAUGUUGGAUUUAAAGUUAAAGAUUCAAAUGAUGAAAUAAUAGUAUCAACAACAAGAAUUGAAUCAAUGCAUGGUGAUACAGCAAUAGCAGUAAAUCCAGAUGAUUUACGUUAUUGUCAUUUAAUUGGUAAACAAGUUUAUCAUCCAUUACGUGAUAUAUUUAUACCAAUUAUUGGUGAUAAAGAAGUUAAAAUUAAUUAUGGUACUGGUGCAUUAAAAAUAACACCAGGACAUAGUCGUAUUGAUCUUGAAUUUGCACAAAAACAUAAUUUACAAAUAAUACAAGUUAUAAAUGAAGAUGGAUUAAUGAAUGAAAAUACUAAAUCAUAUGUUGGAUUACCAAGAUAUAUAGCAAGACAAAAAAUACUUGAUGAAUUAACAAAUAUUGGAGCAUUAAAAGAAAUUAAAGAUCAUCCAAUGACAAUACCAAUAUGUUCAAGAACAGGUGAUAUUAUUGAAUAUAUUAUAAAAGAACAAUGGUUUUUAAAUAUGAAAAAUAUGUCAUUAAAUGCAAUAGAUGCUGUUAAUAAUAAACAACUUAUAAUUGAUCCUCCAAAAUAUAAAAAACUUUGGUUUGAAAGAUUAGAUAAUAUUAAAGAUUGGUGUAUAUCAAGACAAUUAUCAUGGGGUCAUAAAAUACCAGCUUAUAAUUGUUAUAAUAAUAAUGAAUCAUAUUGGAUUGUUGCAAAAAAUUAUGAAGAUGCAUUAAAAUUAUGUCAAAUUAAAUAUGGUAAUAAUUUUAAUAUUAAACAAGAUUGUGAUGUUCUUGAUACAUGGUUUUCAGCUGGAUUAUUACCAAUGACAACGCUGGGUUGGCCAAAUAAAACUUAUAAAAAUAAUUAUCCACUUAGUUUAAUGGAAACUGGUCAUGAUAUAUUAAUUUAUUGGGUUGCAAGAAUGGUUAUGCUUUGUAAUGAAUUAACUGGUAAAUUACCAUUUAAUGAAAUUUUACUUCAUGGUAUUUUAUGUGAUUCUGAUGGUAAAAAAAUGUCAAAAAGUCUUGGUAAUGUUAUUAAUCCAGAAUGGAUUAUAAAUGGUAUUACAAUUGAUAAUUUGCAAAAUGAAACUAUUCAAAAUUUUAAUAAUGGUAUUAUUAAUGAACAAGAAUUAAAAAGAGCAAAUAUUGUUAAUUUAAAAAAUUUUCCUGAUGGUAUACCAGAAUGUGGAAUUGAUGCACUUAGAUUAACUUUUUGUUCACUUGAUAUUAAAAAUGAACGUGUUAAUUUUGAUGUUAAUGAAUGUAAAACAAAUAAACGUUUUUGUAAUAAAAUAUGGCAAGCAUGUAAAUUUGUACUUCUUGUUACUGAUGAUAAACAAGUUACAAAACCUCAAGUAUUAUCAUCAACUGAUCGUUGGAUUUUAAGUAAAAUGAGUUUAAUGAUUUAUUUGGUUAAUGAAAAUAUUCAACAAAGAUAUUUUCAUCGUGCUGUUUUAGCAAUAAAACAAUUUUUUUAUUAUGAAUUUUGUGAUUUUUAUUUAGAAGCAACUAAAUUGGGACUUGCUAGUGAUGAUAAAAAUAUUGUUGAUAGUCACAAGUGGACAAUGAUUAAAUGUCUUGAGGUAUCAUUAAGAACAUUAUCACCAUUUAUGCCAUAUUUAAGUGAUGAUCUUUAUUCAAGACUAGAAAAAAAAUUACCUGGUUUUUUAAAAAUUACAUCAUUAAAUGAAGCGACUUAUCCAACAUCAAAAGAACUUGAUAAUAAUCGUGAUGAAAAAUUAGAAGAAAAAUUUGAUGAUGUUAUUAAAAUUGUACAGUCAAUGAGGAAUAUAUUAAAUCAUAUCAAUAAAAAAUUUAUAUCAAGUGUAGAUAUUAUUAUUGAUGAUGAGGAUGAUUUUAAAUUUUACAAAGCCAACCAAGAUUUCAUUGUUUCAACAUCAAGAAUAAAUAAUUUAAAAAUAUGCAAAACAAGUGAUUAUAAAGAACAACAAGAUGGAAUUUAUACUAAAGAAUGUGGAUGUCAAAUUCGAUAUUAUUUAACAGACAAUAAUGUUGUUAAUCAGCUCAAAGAAAAUGUCUUAAAUAAAAGAUUAAAAGUUGAAGAAAAAUUAAAUAAAUUAUUGGAUAAAUUAUCAACGAAAAAAUACAUUGAUAUUACAUUGGAAGAAGAAAAAUUAAAAAACAAUGAAAAGGUGAAAACAUUGCAACUGGAGCUUGAAAAAUAUCCAAAGUUUUUAUAGAUAAUAAUCGAUUUUUACUCGGGAUUUUUAUCUACACUGAUGUACAUGAUAACAAAAAUGAUACGCGUCGUCUAAUUAAUAUCAUAGAAAUAAAAUUAUCACAUAAUACAUAAAUCAAUGUAAAAAAAAAAAAGAGCACGAUGACC